GCCCUCUGCUCGUUCCCCUCCUCUCCCCUCACAGCGCUUCUGGAUGCCCGUUUGCUUGCCAUAGGUGCGCUAGAGGAAGCAGACCACUUCGACAGCGUGGUCGACACAUCACAUCUGCUUCUACAUCCACCAUGGCCUUCCAGUUCUUCGCAAAGGCGCAUCAAUCCAAAGCGCCCACUUCUCCACCUUUGUCUCCCCCUCAGGCGCCAGCGUCGAUAACUUCCUCGUCUUCAAACAACCCCCACGCCAGGCCGCCCAUAUGUCCGCCCCCCUUUGUUAUACCGUCUACUUCGGGCUCACCUUCUGUGAGCCUGGCAGCCAAACUUCAGCCUCCAGCAGGCCGGGACUCGACUUUCCAAGCGGUUGCAUACCCAAAUCCCAUCGCAUCAGGCCACCCCACUCCGCACCCGCAUGUUAGCGUUGAGGUAGUGGGCACAGCUCACAUUCCUUCUCUCACACGGAUCACGGGCUUGUUGCUUCCCAUUCGCUAUCCGAAUUCCUUCUACACAGCCACGAUCACGGAUCCCGUGAUCGCGUCGCUGUCCCGCGUGGCCGUCUACCAUGAUCAUCCGGUAGCUGCCGUGCCCGCCUCCGCACCGCCAUCUUCAUCGACGAGCUUGCAGACUUCAACGACAGGAACUGACAAGGUCAUUGGGGGAAUCAGGUGCCGACUGGAGCGGCUGCCGCCCACUACCGCGGGUAUUUUGCAAGGCCGCUCGAAUGCCGAGCCGACAAAUCUCUACAUUCAGACCCUCCACCUUCUCUCUCCUUAUCGAGGAUGUGGAAUUGCGGCAUCGCUCCUUAAUUCACUACUCUUCGCGCCAGAUACGUAUUCUUCUAGUUCCUCGGGCUCCCGAUCUAGUCAGCGAGUGUCAGAGCUGGUGAGACAUUACAAUAUUCGCACCGUCACGGCCCAUGUUCACGAGGCCAACGAAGAAGGUCUGAGGUGGUACGUUGCACGUGGGUUCAAGGUCGAAGAUGGGAUCGUGGAAAACUAUUACCGUCGCUUGAAACCUUCCGGGGCAAGGAUAGUCAAACUCAUCCUCCAGUGGACUGAUGUGGAUAGCGAGGACACUUCUGCUCGCAACAAGGAUCUAGAUCGGCGCAAAGCACCUAGGGAUGACGAUGACGACUGGGAGAAAGUCGAGGCCGAAGACGGCGAUGAUGAGGAAGACCAUGGAGUGCAACCCUUUGCAGAUUCGGAUUCUAAGCUUCUUGAGGUUGACGAUGGUGUGAGCAGGAAGCGUAAAGCCGAUGAAGAGCCUCAGCGGUCAUGACUUUCCUUUACUUGUCUAGAAGCAUAGAAGCACUGAUACUAUUGCUUAUGUGUCUUGGUUUGCUCCUGUCUCUUGUUGUUUUGGCGUUUUGAAUUUCUCACCAUCAUUUGAUACCCCUACCUUUGUCCAGUCCAUUAGGAUAGAUCCACAUACUGCCCUCCUUUCCAGAUUGUCUUCAUUUGCUUAUGUCCGGGUUGUGAAUACACCUCUACAUAGACUAGUCGAGCUCCUAUCAAUACUCUCAAGCAGUGGCGCGCACUACCCCUUAUUCUAGCAUAGCAGCCCGCAAACUAUGGCUUCUAGCAGUGAAUGCAUGCCUCCAAGAACC